GGCCGGGCCCGGGGCCGCUGACAGCCGCCGCCGCGCCAUGUACGCCAAGGGCAAGGGCUCCGGCGUGCCCUCGGACGGCCAGGCCCGCGAGAAGCUGGCGCUCUACGUCUACGAGUACCUGCUGCACGUGGGGGCCCAGAAAUCCGCCCAGACCUUCCUGUCGGAGAUCCGAUGGGAGAAGAACAUCACACUGGGGGAGCCCCCCGGCUUCCUGCACUCCUGGUGGUGUGUCUUCUGGGACCUGUACUGUGCCGCCCCGGAUCGCCGGGAGACCUGUGAGCAUUCCAGCGAGGCCAAAGCCUUCCAUGACUACAGCGCGGCGGCCGCGCCCAGCCCGGUGAUGGGGAACCUGCCCCCCGGGGAUGGCAUGUCAGGGGGGCCUGUGCCCCCUGCCUUCUUCCAGCCCUUCAUGUCCCCCCGCUACCCCGGCGGCCCCCGGCCCCCGCUCCGGAUGCCCAACCAGCCCCCCGUGGGUGUUCCCGGCUCCCAGCCGCUGCUGCCCAAUGCCAUGGAUCCGGCUGCGCGCUCACAGGGACAUCCUGGAAUGGGGGGCCCGAUGCAGCGCAUGAACCCCCCCCGAGGCAUGGCCGGAAUGGGACCCCAGACCUACGGCAGUGGGAUGCGCCCCCCCCCCAGCUCACUGGCCGGUCCUGGCAUGCCUGCCAUGAACAUGGGUCCCGGUGGCCGCGGGCCCUGGCCCAACCCCAACGCCAACUCUAUUGCCUACUCCUCCUCAUCCCCUGGGAACUAUGUGGGCCCCCCCGGGGGUGGUGGCCCCCCCGGUACCCCCAUCCUGCCCAGCCCCGGAGACUCCACCAACUCCAGUGAGAACAUGUACACCAUGAUGAACCCCAUCGGCCCCGCGGGGAACCGGCCCAACUUCCCGAUGGGGCCUGGCCCCGAGGGGCCCAUGGGCGGGAUGAGCGCGAUGGAGCCGCAUCACAUGAACGGAUCCCUAGGCUCUGGGGACAUGGAUGGGCUGCCAAAGAGCUCCCCCAGUAACCUGGGGGCCCUGAGCAACCCCCCCGGGACCCCUCGGGACGACGCCGAGCUGAGCAGCAACUUCCUAAACCCCUUCCAAAGCGACAGCUACUCGCCCAGCAUGACAAUGAGCGUGUGAGACCCCCCCCCAACCCCCGCCGACAGCCAGACGCCCUCGCCCAUCACCGAAAAAACCAACAAAAACAAAACAAACAAAAAAAACCCCCAAACCGAAUUCGUUAAUUGUAACGAUCGGCCCCACCCACCCCACCUCAAAAAAAAAAAAAAAAGACAAAAAAUACACUAAAGGAGCAG